CUUUAACUACUGUAUCUUCAUUACGUCUGACCUCGGACAAUCAUUCAUGCUGAUGCAGUGAGCGAGUUGCAACUUCCAAGUGCUUCGCUUAGUUAUCGGUUAUCGCCAGUUUGCCCCACUAAGUUGAUGCCCAUUUCUACAGUACCAUCCAUUCGUUGCGGCACCUCUUGCCUGCCUCACCCAUUCAACCCAAAACCAUAAAACACAUCACAACAUGCCAAACUCCCCGCGUAGACGGUCGCGGUCGCGGUCACCGCCACGUCGACAAAAGGCUACUGGAGGCUUCAAGUGGAAAGAGAAGCGCUCGACCGACGCGGACGAGCGCCGCGACGACCGGGGCCUGCAACGCGGCUAUCGCGAUCGCUCGCCGAAACGCGACAGAGACAGAGAGCGCGACGGCGACUACGGAAGGGACAGAGAUAGAUCGCUGAGGCGGGAUCGCGAUGGUGCUCGGGACCGAAACAAGGGAGACUCGGGGAGAGAGAGGGAUCGGGAAGGGGACCGGUACAGGCCCAGCGAUCGCGACCGCUCCCCGACCAACAAGCAGCGGCGGGACAGAGACAGAGAUACGAAAGAUCGGUCUCCGCGUAGCAAUCGUGAUCACGACGGGGACCGCGAUCACGAAUCCAAACCCAAGCGGGACAAGCCCCCUACCUCUACCACCACCAGCACUGCCGCAGCAAAACCUUCACGGGGGGGAGGAGGAGCAAGCGAAGAGAUGAUUAUCGUGACCGUCAACGACCGGCUCGGCACAAAGGCGCAGAUCCCGGCCUUUCCCAGCGACACGGUCGGGCAGUUCAAGAUCAUGGUCGCCAUGAAGAUCGGGCGGGAGCCGCAUGAAAUUAUGCUGAAGAGGCAAGGGGAGAGGCCGUUCAAAGAUGCAAUUACGCUGGGCGACUAUGGGGUUUCGAAUGGCGUGCAAUUAGAUCUGGAGGUUGAUACGGGGGACUGAUGUGUGUGUCAACCCCACCCGUUCUCUGGAUCGUUUCUGUCUGGGUUUAGGAGCCGGGUGCUGGAGGGGUGGUGUUACUGUUGAGGAGAAGGGGUUUGGCUGUUUUUCGGAGAUGGGGUGGGACAAGGAAAUUUUAUCUACAGUGACUGUUGCGGCCGGUUGAGGAUGAUACUUGAUGUGAAGUCGGUCACUCGGUGGACGGUACCAUGAGAAGGUGGUGAGCAAUGGGGCAAGAUGCCGUUGUUGAAGGCUAUGCUACCGAGCUGUGGUCAUCCGGUCAUCAAGAAUAUCCCCCUACCUGGAUAGAAGGCUACCAAACUAAGUAAGUUAAUCCAAAGCACGAAAGAUACUCAUCCUCAAGAUGGCUUGUCUCAAAUUCCUUUAUUUAACUCUCACCGUCCUCAUGCCCCU